AUGUCUUUAUUGAAACCUACUACCCACCUUUUACUUUACUCUUUUGCCUUUGGUGGUACCACUUUCUACUCGUAUGUAGCUUCUCCCUUAGCUUUCAAAGCUCUUGGCAGAGAACAUUUCGCAGCUUUGCAAAAUAAGGUCUUCCCAUACUUUUUUCAAUUACAGUCCUUCUCGCCCGCUCUACUGGCCUUAACGGCACCAUUUGCCCUCACUACCGGAUCUAUCGCAGCAUUGGUUACCGCUUCUGUUGGUGGAUUGACCAAUUUGUGCUGGUUACUGCCAUAUACCCGCAGGAUCAAGGAGGAGAGGAAAGCUCUUGCUGAUAGGGUUAAAGGUGAUGAGUUAGAGACCUUGGACGGUCCUCUGCGUAAGGAAUUCGGGAAAUACCACGGCUUGAGUUUGCUUUUCAAUUUGGCCAACUGUUGUGGUAUGUUGGCCUAUGGUGUCUACAUGUGCAGAGGUCUGGUCAGAUACGUCCCUAAAUAA